AUGGGAAAAAAGAAUUCCAAACUAAAACAAGAUACCAUCGAUCGUCUAACGACAGCAACCUACUUUACAGAGAAAGAAAUUCGGCAAUGGCAUAAAGGAUUUUUGAAAGACUGUCCAAAUGGUCUUUUAACAGAGCAGGGUUUCAUUAAAAUAUAUAAACAGUUCUUCCCACAAGGCGACCCGAGUAAAUUUGCAUCACUUGUCUUCAGAGUUUUCGACGAAAAUAAUGACGGAUCAAUAGAGUUUGAAGAGUUCAUAAGGGCGCUAUCUAUAACAUCUAGAGGAAACCUUGAUGAAAAGCUACAUUGGGCAUUCCGACUCUAUGAUGUUGACAAUGAUGGUUUCAUAACCCGAGAGGAGAUGUACAACAUUGUCGAUGCAAUAUACCAAAUGGUGGGUCAGCAACCACAGACCGAGGACGAUAACACACCGCAGAAGCGAGUGGAUAAAAUCUUCGAUCAGAUGGAUAAAAAUCACGACGAUCGGCUUACACUGGAAGAGUUCCGCGAAGGCAGCAAGGCAGAUCCCAGGAUUGUACAAGCCUUGAGUUUAGGUGGUGAUUAA